CUUUGUUUGUGAUUCACUUGUUUCUAUCGUAGCAUCGUAACGUCAACGUCGGAAGCAAGUGGAGAAGACUGUGGAUAAAUCGUGAAUCAUGUUGUGCUGAAAAUUUGCCAAAACUGCGAUUUGUUCUCGGGGAAAAGGCGUUUUGGUGUUGUUUUUCCUGAUUACGCAAGAUAUAUCGCAGGUGACGAAAUAAUUGUUAACUUCCGCCUGUCUAGCAAGCAUUAACUGAAGUGAUACAGCUCUAGCAAUUGAUUUGACCGUGGUUGAUUCAUGCAAUACAGAACAUGGCAUCGUCGGAUUGGGCAAAAUUCAAGCUUCUUCUGUGGAAAAACUGGGUCAUACAAAAGCGGCAUUAUGUGCAAACCAUAUUUGAAAUUAUGAUACCAGUUCUUGCGUGCUCUCUGUUGAUACUGGUUAGAGGAUUGGUGAACCCUUCUACCUACAGUAAGCCUGUUACCUUCGAUAGCCUCAAUGUCAGUAGUAUAGCUAGUAUAAGGACGAUGGUCACUAAUUACCCUAUCGAGCUUACAUUAGCUUUUGCUCCGACAAAUCCUAUACUUGGACAAGUGAUGAAAAAAGCAGCCAGGACACUAGGAACGGAUGUUCGAGUCAAAGCUUUCGGUGAUAAGGAGAGCAUGUACAAUUACCUGAUAACCAACAAUAUUCUAGCGGGAAUAGAAUUCGACGAUUCCAUGGUGAACAUGACUUCUAUCCCAGACAACAUAACCUUCGCACUCCGUUUUCCCAGUGAAAUGCGAACCACUAGGCUACCAGGUGCUGAGUUCUGGGCAAAUUGGCGAACGUUCCUAACGUUUCCACCCUUCCAGACCUAUGGUGCCAGAGCGGUAAAUUACACUGACGGGGGAUAUCCUGCAAAUUAUUAUGCCGAAGGGUUUACCUCCGUACAGAAUGCUAUAACGCGAGCUUUGUUGGAAAUGAAAAACAAUUCCAUUCCACUGCCUGUUGUUGCACUAGAGCGCUUUCCUUAUCCACCGUUUUACAACGAUCCACUGUUGAGAGGGUUGGAAAAUCUAUUCCCAGCCAUAAUAAUGAUUGCAUUUUUCUAUUCCUGCAUAAAUACCGUUAAAUUUAUUACACUCGAAAAGGAAAGGCAGCUUAAGGAAACAAUGAAGAUAAUGGGUCUCAGUGGUUGGCUCCACUGGACGGCGUGGUUCGUCAAAACGCUCAUCCUACUAACGAUUUCGAUAUCACUUAUAACAGUCCUGCUAUGCGCCAGCCUUACGACGAACACCGACAUUGCGAUUUUCGAGUUUUCCAACUGGUUUUUGAUAUGGAUAUUCUUGUUUAUCUACAGUAUAACGACGAUUAUGUUCUGUUUCAUGCUGAGUACGUUUUUUUCGAAAGCUAACAUCGCCUCCGGCGUAUCCGGAAUUAUUUGGUUCUACUCACUGACGCCGUAUAACCUAACGUUUGGAAAUUAUGAUCGAAUGUCACUGGGGGCAAAGUUGGGUUCCAGUCUGUGGUGUAACACAGCGAUGGGUUACGGAUUUAUGCUCUUGAUGAAACAUGAAGGAACGUCAAUAGGUUUACAGUGGUCUAAUAUUUUCUCACCGGUAACCGUGGAUGAUCAACUUACGAUUGGGCACAUAACGAUGAUGCUUUUGAUAGAUGCCCUUUUGUACUUGCUUGUUGCACUAUACGUGGAACAAAUUGCCCCAGGACAGUUUGGAAUAGCAAAAAAAUGGAAUUUUAUUUUUACGAAAAAUUUUUGGCUUUCGUACACUGCCUCUUCGGGAAAGUCUUCGGAAAGGCAACAGCUUCGACAUCAAGCACCCAAUACAGAGGAAGAACCAACCGAUAAGCGUGCGGGAAUUGAAAUUUUGGGCCUAACAAAAGUGUAUGAAGGAUCCAGAGUUGCAGUGGACGAUUUGAAUCUAAACUUUUACGAGAAUCAAAUAUCAAUCUUGCUUGGUCAUAAUGGUGCAGGAAAAACAACUACAAUGUCAAUGCUGACGGGAAUGUUUUCACCAACCUCUGGGACAGCGAUUGUUAAUGGUUUUGACAUUCGAUACGAUGUUAAAGGGUUGAGAGAUUCCCUCGGACUUUGUCCUCAGCACAAUGUUCUAUUUGAUGAGCUUACAGUUGCAGAGCAUUUGUAUUUUUUCUCUAAGCUGAAAGGAAUAUCGGGAGUUUCUGUUGAUUCAGAGAUAGAUAAGUAUGUCAGUUUGUUAGAAUUGGAGGACAAACGAAACGCACAAUCGCAUACAUUGUCUGGAGGUAUGAAAAGAAAGCUCUCGGUGGCUAUUGCUUUAUGUGGAGGUUCAAAGGUGGUACUAUGUGACGAACCCACCUCCGGGAUGGAUCCAGCGGCUAGGAGGGUGUUGUGGAAUUUACUACAGAGAGAAAAGUCAGGCCGAACUAUUCUACUUUCCACUCACUUUAUGGACGAAGCCGAUAUACUGGGAGAUCGCAUAGCGAUAAUGGCUGAAGGGUGCCUGAAAGCUGUCGGCUCACCAUUCUUUUUGAAGAGGAAAUUCGGCCGAGGUUAUAGGCUUGUGUGUGUCACCAAGUCUGGCUGUGAUCCAACAAAUCUGACAUGUUUGUUGAGGAAAUACAUUCCGGGUAUCAAAGUAGAAACCGAUAUUGGAACUGAGCUGAGUUAUAUUUUGAACAAGGAGUACUUACAUUUGUACCAAAAAAUGCUUGCUGAUCUGGAAGAACAUACAGCACAGUGCGGCAUUUCCAGCUACGGAAUAUCGUUGUCUACCUUGGAAGAAGUUUUCAUGAGAUUAGGCAGUGAUCAAGGUUCGGAAAUGGAUAAGGAGAUGAACGGACAAAUAACACAACCGAAUGGGAAUCGACAACCAAAUUUUGACCACCCCGAACAACUUCGUUCCUUGAUGACGGGGAAACGUUUGGUGGUGAACCAAAUAAAGGCUAUGUUCUUGAAGAAAUAUUUAAGUUUCAUCAGAGCUUGGAAGAUCUCAUCGCUGCAAACUACACUGUCAAUGUUCUACAUCAUAAUGAUAAUAGCGAUCGUUCGAUCCUUCCCCAAUAAUGUGGUGCUACCUCCUUUGGAGAUUUCGUUUAAUUCUUACACCAAAACAGUGACAACCCUACAAACAACGGACGCUAAUGGAACAAUUGCCAACAGUUAUGCAAAUUUGUUCAGGAGCUUACCUAGUACUAACGAGCUUAAAAUAAUCACUGCUCCUUUCGCGGAGUACGUACUUAACAAGUCCAUUGAUAACAUCAAAGCGGUGGACAACACUUUCAUGGUCGGGGCAACAUUAGAUGAAGCAAACCGUAACAUAACUGCCUGGUUCAACAACAAAGCUUAUCACACCGCUCCACUGUCGCUAAACUUAGUCUACAAUGCAAUAUUGCAAACAUUUUGUAAUGAUUGUAAUUUGAGGGUGUAUAACAAGCCAUUGCCGUACAGCUCCCGGAUACGAUUUUUAAGACUACAGGCCGGUAGUAACAUGGGUUUCCAGCUGGCGUUCAAUACAGGCUUUGCGAUGGCUUUCGUGGGGGCAAUGUAUAUCAUGUUCUACAUCAAAGAGCGAGCCUCCGGUGCCAAGCUGUUACAGUUUGUCAGUGGAGUCCACGCGGCGACGUUUUGGAUUGUGUCGUUCCUGUGGGACUACCUGGUGUUUAUAGUGGCGAUGGUGCUGUACAUACUGACACUGGCAGCUUUCCAGGAAGAAGGUUGGUCCUCGGCUGCCGAACUUUCGCGUGUCGUUAUUGUCAUGCUUUGCUUCGCAUGCGCCGUUAUUCCGUUUACGUACGUGUGGUCAUACUUCUUCCAAGUUCCUUCAACGGGCUUCAUCAAGAUGCUGAUAUUUAACAUUUUCACCGGAACUGUGAUUUUUACGGGAAUCUUUUUACUUAAGUAUAGCGAGUUUAAUUUGAAGGAUGUAGCCGAAACCUUGGAAUGGAUUUACUUAAUAUUUCCUCAUUUUGCGCUUAGCCACAGCUUGAAUAAUAUUAAUCUGGCGCUGACAAUACAACAGAUUUGCAAAGCUCAAUGUGAGGCGAUGCCGUUUUGCUCCGAGGAAUUCUUGUGCAGUUUCGAUAAGCGAUGUUGCGAUACUGACAUUUACUCAUUCCAACCGAAUGGAAUUAGUCGUAAUUUAGUGUAUAUGUUGGUAGUUGGUGUUAUAUCGUUCACUAUCAUAUUAAUGAAAGAAUUGAGACUGUUAAAGUUCGAAAUAAAAUGGCACAAACCUUGGGGAAGCGCUCCGGUAGAAUCAAUCAACGGAUCCAGAGAAACGAUACCUAUCAACGAAGAUUCAGAUGUAGCAGAUGAACGCCAAAGAAUAGGCACUCUGCUGGAUUCUGAACUCGAGCGGCAUUCGCUGGUCCUCAAGGAAGUUUCGAAAAGUUAUGGAUCGUUUCCAGCGGUUAACCGGAUUUCCCUGGCCGUUGAAGAUUACGAAUGUUUUGGGUUGCUGGGAGUGAACGGGGCAGGUAAAACCUCGACAUUUAAAAUGCUUACAGGCGACGAAAAGCUGUCUUCUGGAGGAGCUUGGGUUCGCGGGUUAAGCAUUAAAACUCAAAUGGACGAAGUGAAUCGACUUAUAGGAUACUGUCCUCAGUUUGAUGCGGUACUUGAAGAUCUAACAGGUUACGAAACGCUUCAAAUGUACGGACUAUUGCGAGGUGUGCCGAAUGGUAUGAUGGAUACAAUCAUCCAUAUGCUAGCUACAGAUCUGAACUACACCAAACAUCUUAACAAACAAAUCAAAUCCUACAGUGGAGGAAACAAGCGGAAAUUAAGUACAGCUCUUGCCUUGAUCGGUAACCCGGGUGUUAUUUACCUGGACGAACCUACGACAGGUAUGGAUCCGGGUGCCAAACGUAACUUCUGGAAUGUUAUUUGCCGGAUUAGAGAAAGCGGAAAAGCAAUUGUUCUAACUUCACACAGCAUGGAGGAAUGUGAAGCACUUUGCACGCGCCUCGCAAUCAUGGUUAACGGCGAAUUUAAGUGCCUUGGAUCGUCUCAACAUUUGAAAAAUAAGUUCACGGAUGGGUUCUAUUUAACGGUUAAACUUUCGAAAUGUGAUAAUAAUGAUUCUAACGAUUACACGAUUCUAGUCAAGCGGUAUAUAGAGGAGAAUUUCGAAGGAGCUAUUUUGAAAGAACAGUACCAAGAUUACUUAUCGUAUCACAUUACCAAAACAUCCUUAACAUGGUCUUCGAUGUUUGGCCUGAUGGAGCAGGCGAAGAGCCAGUACAACAUCGAGGACUACGCCCUAGGGCAAACUUCUCUCGAACAAGUUUUCUUGGCAUUAGUUGCUUUUCAGCGAGCGAGUGAUUAAAGCUGUGUUAAACAAAAAAACUUAAGUAUUAUUUUAGUAUAGUUACAACUCAGAAGGUACUCAAUGUUCGAUGGAUCUGAUGCAGGCUUUUUAUGUUACACAUAUGUUUGUUUAGGUUGCAAUAAAAAUUUAUAAACAU